AAAAUGUCUACCAAAAAUUUUCUUAUAGAAAACGCUUUUAUAUUUACUGCUUGUGAAAUUUCUUGAAAAAAAUACGUAAAGAUUUCUUAAAGUAUAGGAAAAUUUAAGAAAAUUUAUUAAUUAGUAAAUAAUACAAAGAUAUUAAACAAUUAAAUAUAGGGCAGAUAUAGAGCUCAUUUAAAAUGUCUCUGCCGCCCUAUAUGAUGCCGAAUGCUUGGGCCGCUCAGUUAAUGGCCCAGCAGCAGGUUUACGCAGCAGCCGCUCAGGUGCAGCAAGCUCGGCUGCAAGCCAAUCAAAUACAGCAAAUACCACCGCCGGGUGCUCCCUUGCCGCCAGCGCCUCAACCGAUAACUUCUAACACAAGUCAUAUAACAGGUGUGACAGCUUCGACGGUGCAAACUCAACUUGGACAAAUACCAACACCUAAGCCUGAUUUGACGGAGGAAAAACUGCAGGAAAAGGCUUUAAAGUGGCAGCAAUUGCAGUCGAAACGCUUCGCUGAGAAACGCAAAUUCGGUUUCGUAGACGCCCAGAAAGAAGAUAUGCCGCCUGAGCAUAUACGCAAGAUUAUUCGUGAUCAUGGUGAUAUGACGUCACGUAAAUAUCGUCAUGAUAAGCGUGUCUAUUUAGGUGCUUUGAAAUAUAUGCCUCACGCAGUUUUGAAAUUAUUGGAAAAUAUGCCUAUGCCUUGGGAGCAAAUAAGAGAUGUUCAAGUACUUUAUCAUAUCACUGGAGCGAUAACAUUUGUAAAUGAAAUUCCUUGGGUUAUUGAACCUGUCUAUAUAGCUCAAUGGGGUACUAUGUGGAUAAUGAUGCGUCGUGAGAAACGUGAUCGGCGUCAUUUUAAACGUAUGCGUUUUCCUCCUUUUGAUGAUGAAGAGCCGCCUUUAGACUAUGCUGAUAACGUGUUGGACGUCGAACCGUUAGAAGCAAUACAGAUUGAACUAGAUACCGAAGAAGAUGGUGCCGUAUAUAAGUGGUUUUAUGACCAUCGCCCUUUGGUGGGUACUCCAUACGUUAAUGGAUCUACUUAUCGUAAAUGGAAUUUGACUUUACCACAAUUAGCCACUUUGUAUCGCCUAGCCAAUCAAUUAUUGACUGAUUUGGUGGAUGAUAAUUUCUUUUAUCUCUUUGACCCGAAAAGUUUCUUUACCGCAAAAGCUUUAAAUAUGGCAAUACCGGGCGGACCAAAAUUUGAACCUUUAAUUAAAGAUCACAAUAUAGGAGACGAGGAUUGGAACGAAUUCAAUGAUAUUAAUAAAGUGAUUAUACGUCAACCGAUACGCACGGAAUAUCGUAUAGCUUUUCCUUACCUUUAUAAUAACAUGCCUCACUUUGUUCAUCUCUCUUGGUAUCAUACACCUAACGUGGUUUAUAUUAAAACUGAAGAUCCUGACUUGCCAGCCUUCUAUUUUGAUCCUUUGAUUAAUCCAAUUUCACAUCGUCAUGCCAACAUUAAAAUCCAAGAACCUUUACUAGAUGACGAUGAAGAUUUCACUUUACCCGACGAUGUAAAGGUCUUUCUACACGACACUCCUUUAUUCACAGACAACACAGCGAAUGGGAUAGCCUUGCUGUGGGCUCCAAGACCAUUUAACUUACGCUCCGGUCGCUGUAGGCGAGCUAUAGACAUACCUUUAGUGAAAAGUUGGUAUAAAGAGCAUUGUCCGCCGGGUCAUCCUGUCAAAGUAAGAGUUAGUUACCAAAAGUUAUUAAAGUAUUACGUCUUGAAUGCUUUAAAACAUCGACGUCCUAAACCACAGAAGAAAAGAUAUUUAUUCCGGUCCUUUAAGGCCACCAAAUUCUUUCAAACUACUACUUUAGAUUGGGUGGAGGCUGGCCUGCAGGUAUGCCGCCAAGGUUACAAUAUGUUAAAUUUAUUAAUACAUCGUAAGAAUUUAAAUUAUCUUCACUUGGAUUAUAAUUUCAACUUGAAACCAGUGAAAACCUUAACCACAAAAGAACGUAAAAAGUCUAGGUUCGGCAAUGCUUUUCAUUUAUGUCGCGAAAUUUUACGUUUAACUAAAUUAAUCAUUGACUCUCACGUGCAAUAUCGUUUAAAUAAUGUCGAUGCCUUUCAAUUGGCUGACGGCUUGCAAUAUAUCUUUGCUCAUGUCGGUCAACUUACGGGAAUGUAUCGUUAUAAGUAUAAACUGAUGCGUCAGAUACGCAUGUGUAAGGAUUUGAAGCAUUUAAUUUACUAUCGUUUCAACACGGGUCCUGUUGGCAAAGGACCUGGCUGCGGCUUUUGGGCGCCCGGUUGGCGUGUAUGGCUGUUCUUUAUGCGCGGUAUAACACCGCUACUGGAGCGUUGGCUCGGCAAUUUGUUGUCUCGCCAAUUUGAAGGUCGUCACUCGAAAGGUGUAGCCAAAACGGUGACUAAACAACGUGUCGAAUCGCAUUUCGAUUUGGAAUUACGUGCCUCGGUUAUGCACGAUAUCGUAGACAUGAUGCCAGAGGGAAUUAAGCAAAAUAAGGCACGUACAAUUUUGCAACAUUUGUCAGAGGCAUGGCGUUGCUGGAAAGCUAACAUACCCUGGAAAGUUCCUGGUCUACCAAUACCUAUUGAAAAUAUGAUAUUACGUUAUGUCAAAAUGAAAGCGGAUUGGUGGACAAAUACAGCUCAUUAUAAUCGCGAGCGCAUUAGACGUGGCGCGACCGUCGAUAAAACUGUUUGUAAAAAGAAUUUAGGACGUUUGACACGUUUGUAUUUAAAAGCCGAACAAGAACGUCAGCAUAAUUACCUUAAAGAUGGUCCUUAUAUUUCACCGGAAGAAGCUGUAGCAAUUUAUACAACCACAGUGCAUUGGUUAGAGUCGAGGCGCUUCGGGCCCAUACCGUUUCCUCCUUUAUCGUACAAACAUGACACUAAACUUUUAAUAUUAGCUUUGGAACGUUUAAAGGAAGCUUACAGCGUUAAAUCGCGUUUAAAUCAGUCACAACGUGAGGAAUUGGGUUUAAUAGAGCAAGCUUAUGAUAAUCCUCAUGAAGCUCUCUCGCGUAUUAAGCGUCAUCUUUUAACGCAAAGGAAUUUCAAGGAGGUCGGCAUUGAAUUCAUGGACUUGUACAGUCAUUUAAUACCUGUUUAUGACGUGGAACCUUUAGAAAAGAUAACCGAUGCUUAUUUAGAUCAAUAUUUAUGGUAUGAAGCCGAUAAGAGACGCCUAUUUCCGCCUUGGAUAAAGCCAAGCGAUACUGAACCACCCCCAUUGUUAGCGUAUAAAUGGUGUCAAGGCAUUAAUAAUUUGCAAGAUGUUUGGGAUGUUGGUGAGGGCGAAUGUAACGUUUUAUUGGAAUCACGUUUUGAAAAGCUUUACGAGAAGAUUGACUUGACAUUGCUGAACCGUUUGCUACGUCUAAUCGUGGACCACAAUAUUGCCGAUUAUAUGUCUGCUAAACAUAAUGUUAUCAUCAAUUACAAGGAUAUGAAUCAUAACAACAGUUAUGGCAUAAUACGUGGUCUGCAAUUCUCAUCAUUUAUUGUUCAAUAUUAUGGUUUGAUUUUGGAUUUAUUGGUCCUGGGUUUGCACAGAGCAAGUGAAAUGGCCGGACCGCCUCAAAUGCCAAACGAUUUUCUAACAUUCCAAGAUACCGUCACCGAAACAGCCCAUCCGAUCCGUUUGUAUUGCCGUUAUGUGGAUCGUAUACAUUUAUUCUUUAGAUUUACUGCUGAAGAGGCACGAGAUUUAAUACAACGAUAUUUAACCGAACAUCCAGAUCCCAAUAAUGAGAAUAUCGUAGGUUAUAAUAAUAAAAAAUGUUGGCCCAGAGAUGCUCGUAUGCGUUUAAUGAAACAUGACGUUAACUUAGGUCGUGCUGUUUUUUGGGAUAUUAAAAAUCGUCUACCUCGUUCUGUUACGACAAUCAAUUGGGAGAAUACUUUCGUUUCGGUUUAUUCAAAGGAUAAUCCUAAUCUCUUGUUCAAUAUGUGCGGCUUUGAAUGUCGUAUCUUACCAAAGUGUCGUACACAACAUGACGAAUUUACUCAUCGCGAUGGCGUUUGGAAUUUACAAAACGAAGUAACAAAAGAACGUACCGCUCAGUGUUUUCUAAGAGUAGAUGAUGAGUCUUUGGGUCGCUUUCACAAUAGAGUAAGGCAGAUAUUAAUGGCUUCCGGAUCGACAACGUUUACUAAGAUCGUUAAUAAAUGGAAUACUGCUUUGAUUGGCCUAAUGACUUAUUUCCGAGAAGCCGUGGUCAACACUCAAGAAUUGCUUGAUUUGCUGGUGAAGUGUGAAAAUAAAAUUCAGACACGUAUUAAAAUUGGAUUAAAUUCGAAAAUGCCUUCUCGUUUCCCUCCGGUGGUAUUUUAUACACCCAAGGAAUUGGGUGGCUUGGGUAUGUUAAGUAUGGGUCAUGUCCUGAUACCUCAGUCGGAUUUAAGAUGGUCUAAGCAAACCGAUGUAGGCAUUACUCACUUUAGAUCAGGUAUGUCCCACGAUGAGGAUCAAUUGAUACCAAAUCUUUAUCGGUAUAUACAACCGUGGGAAAGUGAAUUUAUUGAUUCGCAGCGCGUUUGGGCUGAAUACGCUUUAAAACGUCAAGAGGCCAGCACUCAAAAUCGUCGUUUAACUUUAGAGGACUUAGAGGAUAGCUGGGAUCGUGGUAUACCUCGUAUUAAUACAUUGUUCCAGAAGGAUCGUCAUACCUUAGCUUAUGAUAAAGGUUGGCGUAUACGUACCGAAUUUAAACAGUAUCAGGUAUUAAAGCAAAAUCCAUUCUGGUGGACUCAUCAACGUCAUGACGGCAAAUUAUGGAAUCUUAACAAUUAUCGUACCGAUAUGAUACAAGCUUUGGGCGGAGUUGAAGGUAUUUUGGAGCAUACACUUUUCAAGGGUACCUAUUUCCCGACGUGGGAAGGUCUCUUCUGGGAAAAGGCUUCUGGUUUUGAAGAAUCCAUGAAGUAUAAAAAGUUAACCAAUGCUCAACGUUCAGGUUUAAAUCAAAUACCAAAUCGACGUUUCACCUUGUGGUGGUCACCUACAAUAAAUCGAGCCAAUGUCUACGUUGGUUUCCAGGUGCAAUUGGAUUUGACUGGUAUUUUCAUGCACGGUAAAAUACCCACACUUAAAAUCUCUCUUAUUCAAAUUUUCCGAGCUCACUUGUGGCAAAAAAUACACGAAUCGAUAGUAAUGGAUUUGUGUCAAGUCUUUGAUCAAGAAUUGGACGCUUUAGAAAUUGAAACGGUACAAAAAGAAACAAUACAUCCACGUAAGUCAUACAAAAUGAACUCGUCGUGUGCGGAUAUCCUUCUUUUCCCCGCCUAUAAAUGGAAUGUAUCGAGACCUUCAUUGCUGGCUGACACAAAAGACACUAUGGAUAAUACCACUACGCAAAAAUAUUGGCUUGACAUUCAAUUGCGUUGGGGUGAUUAUGAUUCACAUGAUGUAGAACGCUAUGCCAGAGCUAAAUUUUUGGAUUACACUACUGAUAACAUGUCUAUUUAUCCUUCGCCUACUGGAGUUCUAAUAGCUAUAGACUUGGCUUAUAAUUUGCAUUCAGCUUAUGGCAACUGGUUUCCGGGUUGUAAAACCCUUAUACAGCAGGCUAUGGCGAAAAUUAUGAAAGCGAAUCCUGCAUUGUAUGUAUUACGGGAACGAAUACGCAAAGCCUUGCAAUUGUACUCGUCAGAGCCUACAGAGCCUUAUUUGAGUUCUCAGAACUACGGUGAACUCUUCUCGAAUCAGAUCAUUUGGUUUGUGGACGAUACUAAUGUGUAUCGAGUGACCAUACAUAAAACGUUCGAAGGUAAUUUAACGACAAAACCAAUUAAUGGAGCCAUUUUUAUAUUCAAUCCAAGGACGGGACAACUCUUUUUAAAAAUUAUUCAUACUUCAGUAUGGGCGGGUCAGAAACGUUUAGGCCAAUUGGCUAAAUGGAAAACCGCUGAGGAAGUAGCGGCUCUUAUUCGUUCACUUCCCGUUGAAGAGCAACCCAAACAAAUUAUUGUAACGCGCAAAGGCAUGUUAGAUCCUUUGGAAGUGCACUUGCUAGACUUUCCUAAUAUCGUUAUUAAAGGCUCGGAAUUGCAAUUACCUUUCCAAGCUUGCCUUAAAGUGGAAAAAUUCGGAGAUUUGAUUUUAAAAGCCACCGAGCCUCAAAUGGUCUUAUUCAACCUGUACGAUGACUGGCUGAAGACAAUUUCCUCUUACACGGCCUUUAGUCGCUUAAUUUUGAUACUACGAGCUUUACAUGUCAAUACGGAACGUACCAAAAUUAUAUUGAAACCGGAUAAGACUACCAUUACCGAGGCUCAUCACAUCUGGCCAACACUAACGGAUGAGGAAUGGAUUAAAGUGGAAGUACAAUUAAAAGAUUUAAUCCUAGCCGAUUACGGCAAGAAAAAUAACGUGAACGUGGCCUCUCUUACACAGUCCGAAAUUCGUGACAUCAUAUUGGGUAUGGAAAUAAGCGCUCCCUCAGCUCAGAGACAACAAAUUGCCGAAAUUGAAAAACAAACUAAGGAGCAAAAUCAACUUACUGCGACCACGACACGCACGACAAAUAAACAUGGCGACGAAAUCAUUACCUCUACCACUUCGAAUUAUGAAACGCAGACGUUUAGCUCGAAGACUGAAUGGCGUGUGCGUGCAAUUUCCGCAACGAACUUGCACUUGCGCACGAAUCACAUAUAUGUCAGUUCAGAUGAUAUUAAAGAAACUGGCUAUACAUAUAUAUUGCCUAAAAACAUAUUAAAAAAAUUCGUUACUAUCUCAGAUCUGCGAGCUCAAAUUGCUGGCUAUCUAUAUGGUAUAAGUCCACCGGAUAAUCCCCAGGUGAAGGAAAUACGUUGCAUAGUUAUGCCUCCGCAAUGGGGCACACAUCAGACUAUCAAUUUACCCAAUGCCCUGCCCACGCAUCAAUACCUUAAAGAUAUGGAACCGUUAGGUUGGAUACACACUCAACCAAAUGAAUUGCCGCAAUUGUCGCCGCAGGACAUAACAACACACGCCAAAAUAAUGCAAGAGAACCCUGGUUGGGAUGGUGAGAAAACGAUUGUUAUUACCUGCUCAUUCACACCUGGUUCUUGUUCCCUUACCGCGUAUAAGUUAACGCCUUCUGGCUUUGAAUGGGGCUCGAAAAACACCGACAAAGGCAACAAUCCUAAGGGCUAUCUACCGUCGCAUUACGAACGUGUACAAAUGUUAUUAUCAAAUAAAUUUUUAGGCUUCUUUAUGGUACCGGCCCAAGGCAGCUGGAAUUACAAUUUCAUGGGCGUACGCCAUGAUCCCAAUAUGAAAUAUGACCUACAGUUGGCCAAUCCUAAGGAAUUCUAUCAUGAAAUUCAUCGACCUUCACACUUUUUAUUAUUCGCCAAUCUGGAAGAUGCUGGCGAUGGUUCUGGUGCCGAUCGUGAAGAUGUAUUUGCGUAAAGUCAUUCGUUUGCGUUUUUUAAGUGCUUAAUUUUAGUUAUUAGCUGU